AUGGCAUUUUCUAUCCACCAAUUGUUACAAAACAAUUUCUUGUCCAUGCGAUUUCGUGAAUUUAAGCCGGCACUUUGCCCUGAGAUUCUUGCAGAGGCCGAUGCUCAAGGAUUUGAGCAUAUGACACCUGUACAGGCGGCUACGCUGCCACUGUUUUUAUCCAAUAAGGAUGUGUGUGUGGACGCGUGCACGGGUAGCGGAAAAACGUUGUCCUUCGUGCUGCCCAUCGUACAACUACUUAAGGUCAAGCUGGAGGACGGCAGCAUCAGUGCACCGCGCCACUCCAAUAUGACUAAACUUGUAGCUAUGAUCAUCUCGCCCACGCGAGAACUGGCACGCCAAACUUUUGAAUGUGCUGAGAAAUUUCUUGCGCGUGCACUUCCCGAUAUGCAGCUGCUACUGUUUGUAGGUGGUACGAGUGUGGACGAUGACCUAUCGCUUAUUCGUAAGGCAGUUGGAAAAUGCUCAGUCGUCAUUGGCACUCCGGGGCGGACGGAGGAUCUCUUGAACCGCUGCGCGGGGUCUAGUGUUGAGACGCUGAGUCUGAAUAAAAUUUUAGAGCAUUUGCCCAAACAGAGACGGACGGGGUUGUUUUCGGCUACGCAGACUCAAGAAGUCAAAGCGCUGGCACGCGCUGGCCUGCGUAAUCCGGCCACAAUCUCUGUGCAAGUAGCAAACAACACGCAAGUAACCCCAGCAACUUUGCAGAACUACUAUUGCUUGGUAGGCCAUGAUCAGAGACUGUCGGCACUGCAUCGCUUUGUAUUGUUGAAGAAAGGCGAGAAACUUAUUAUCUUUUUCUCAACGUGUAAGUCUGUAGACUUUUUCAGUCUUGUGCUUGAAGAAUUGUUUCGGGACAAAGAAGAAUAUCCUGUCGUAGCUCUGCAUGGUAAAAUGCCGCAAAAGAAGCGCACGACGAAUUACAACCAAUUUUUAGCCCUUAAAUCAGGACUUUUGGUUUGCACAGAUGUCGUAGCGCGUGGUAUUGAUCUCCCGGAUGUAGAUUGGAUAGUGCAGUAUGACCCUCCACAGGACCCAAAUUUUUUUGUUCAUCGUGUAGGUCGUACAGCGCGUGCAGGACGUCAUGGCUGUGCUCUGUUAUUUCUGUCUUCGAAUGAAGACGCAUAUGUGAACUUUUUAAAGAUUCGUAAAGUGCCAUGUAAAGAAAUGACGCUUUCUCUGGAAACGAUGGAAGACGUAUUGCCAAAGGUCAAGUCGUUAGUUUUGGAAGAUCGGGAUUUUCUGGAAAAAGGUACGAAGGCGUUCAUAGCGUUUGUUCGGUCUUACAAAGAGCAUCAGUGCCAAUUUAUUUUUCGCUUCAAGGAACUUGAUCUAGGCGCUGUUGCACGUGGUUUCUGCCUGCUGCAGCUACCUAAAAUCAACGAAUUGCGAAAUGUUCGCAUCAAUUUUGACAAAACUGAGAUUAAAACUACAGCUAUCAAGUAUAAAAACAAGGCUCGCGAAAAGGAGCGUCAGAAAAAGUUGCUUGUUAUUGCGAAAGAGAAUGAGGCACGAGACAAGAAAAACGCUGAGAUGCGUGAAAAGAAACGCAAACGGCCGCUUGAGUGGGUUGACCAGAAACACCCUCGUCGGCGUGAGAAAAAAAAAGGAUUGCACCAGCAAAUUGUCGAGGAGUGGAAUGAACUAGCUGAGGAGGAAAAGCUGUACAAAAAAAUGAAACAAGGUAAAGUUACAGAGGAAGAGUAUGAGAAAGCGCUUUUGGGUAAGGCAGAUUGCUUCGAUGAUGAUAAGAAAAAUGGGGAUGAGGAUGGGUGCAACAAGAAGACUAAACGGCAGCUAGCCGAGGCAAAAAUAAAGGAACGGUUUCAAAAGAAGGAGCAAAUGGCCAAUAAAACGGCGGUGCAGAAGCGGGAGGCUGCCAAGCGGGAGGAACGUAUCCGUAAGCGCAAAAAGUCUCAACACAUUCAGCGCGCAAUGAAAAGAGCUCAAUAUCGAGCCCGACGCUAG